UUCCUCUCCUCCAAUCUGUUCUUAAACUAGAUCUGUUCUCAAUCAAUCAAUCCAUCCAUCCAGAUCGAUUCGAUCAUGUGGAUAGGUUAUUGCUCAACCUGCCAAAAAGAGUUACAGGUUCCUCCAGGCCUUCCCUGCGUACAAUGCGCAUCCUGUCAUUCCGUCGUUGAGGUAGCACCCGAUCCUCGUAUUACCAAUCCUCCUCCUCCUCAGUUGCCGACGCCGCGGCCUCCUGUUCAACAACAGGGAUCCAAGAGAGCCGUUAUCUGUGGUAUUACAUAUAACGACACUUCGGUUACACUCGAAGGUUGUAUCAAUGAUGCCAAGAACAUGAAAUACUUCUUGCUCAACCGUUUCAAUUUCCCAGAAUCCUCCAUUCUCAUGCUUUCCGAGGAAGAAACAGAUCCAAACAGAGUACCGACAAGAAGGAACAUAAUAUCAGCACUCCAAUGGCUGGUAAAAGAUUGUAAGGCUGGAGAUUCAUUAGUGUUUCAUUAUUCGGGGCAUGGUUUCUCUCUGGAGGAUAAAAAUGGAGAUGAGGUAGAUGGAUUUGACGAGACAUUGGUUCCUUUAGACUACGAGACCGAAGGAAUGAUCGUGGACGAUGAUAUAAACGAAUUGAUCGUGAAACCGAUACCGAUUGGAGUAAAACUUCACGCCAUUAUAGAUUCUUGCCACAGCGGGACAGUUCUUGAUCUGCCAUUCUUAUGUAGGAUGGACAGGACGGGACGAUAUACAUGGGAGGAUCAUAGACCUCCGUCAAAGAUCUGGAAAGGAACUAAAGGAGGGGAAGUUAUUUGCAUUAGUGGCUGCGACGAUGAUCAAUCUUCAAUGGAUACAUCAGUUCUUUCUAAGGAAGCUAGUACUGGUGCAAUGACAUUUUCGUUCAUUCAAGCUAUUGAAAAUGGACAGGGGACGACAUACGCUAAUCUUUUGUAUUCGAUGCGAUCCAUAAUUCAAUCUGCUGGUAGUGAUAUGAAGCUCAGGCGUAGGGAUAAGCUUAGGAAUCUUAUUCUUACAGGGGAGAAGAAGUUUAGGAUCAGACAGGAGCCACAAUUGACUGCUAAUGAGCCAAGUGAUUUGUAUCACAAGUCGUUCUCUUUGUGACCGGAUCAGACUUCAUCCAGAGAAAGACAGAUUUUAAGUUUAUUUUGUCUUUCUUUUUGUUUUAUUUAAUUUUUCUUUUCAAUAUUAAUGUCUUGCUCAAUGCCUAAAAGUUGUUGACAUUCUGGUUAAUUUGUCACAUGAUUAAAUUUGAUACAUGUUUGUAUACCUUAAUUUAUUUCUCUUUUUAAGUUUCACCU